AUGACCGUCCUGGAAGUCGGAUCCUUUCGGCCGGUGUCGCUGAAGGCAAUUGCACGUGCCAAUGAGCACGCGACAUCGCUGGAGGCGGAAUGCCUGGGCAUCUGCCCCGAGCUUUUCGCGCUGCCAGGCUUCGGGAUGAACUUGGAAUUCGAGGAGCAUCAGAGGAUGGCGAUGCAGCGGCUACUUUCGAAGGCCUCGAGGCAUUUCGCCCAGGACACCCUGAGGGAAAUGGCCUCAGUGGCGCCCGCCGCCCCGCGGCCCGGCUUUGCGCAGCCCUUUGAGGUGCCAUGGGCCUGGCUUGAGGCGUUGCCCGAAAGGCUCCUCCCGGAACCGGGGGUGAAGUGGCAGGACUGGCCAGAUGCCAUGGAUGCGAACUCCAUGCCCACCCUCCGAGCCGGCAAGACCGACGCAGGCGCUCUGCUGAUGCAGCACUUCACGGUCUGGGAUCUGAAGCUUCAGCGCAGGGCACUGGAGAAGAUCCGAAGCCAAGUGCUGCAAGAGCCCACGGAGAAUCUCAACCUGCAGAGCGAGACCGGAGUGCACAACACGUUGCUGGUCCUUCGCUUUCUGCACGACCUGGAAAGUCAUCUGGAGAAGAUGAAUGCAGCUCUGCAGGCCUCUUCGAAUGAGAUCUCGCCCGACUGUGACGAGUGGGCGGCGCUGGAGCUCUUCUGUCGUCCCUGGGUCCUGGUGUCUGGCGGGGUGGAGCUUCUCCGGGUCGAGGAGUUCGUGGACCCCUGCAUCCGCGUCAUGAUGGGCGGCUCGGCGAAGCACGCGGAGCGCGCCGAGCACCGGGUGAAGGUGUUCCUCAAGGCGGUGACGCGAGUGCCGCAAGUCCUGGAGCUUCUGGUACAGAGGCGACGGAAGGAGCUCUGGGGCGAGGAGGCCAGUUUUGACGGGCCCAAUCCGGAGACGACUGCUGCACUUGGGUUUGUCAACUUCGGGUGGUACCGAUGCCCUUUUUAG